CGAUCGGCGGACGAGAUCAAGUAUUUUUGACUUCAUUUUAAUCUAAGAAUGCCGCUCGUAAUAUUGACUGGAUAUCCUUGUUCUGGGAAAAGUAAGCGAGUUGAUGAGCUGAAGAAGUAUCUAGAGGAAACUAAGGGUCAAAAUGUACGUAUAAUCGACGAUGAAAUUGCUGGAGUUGACAGAGGGACUACAUAUGCUGCAUCUGCUCGUGAAAAGGAAGCCAGAGGUCUUUUAAAGUCAGCUGUAGAGAGACUUAUAUCAAGAGAUGCAAUUGUUAUCUUGGAUUCAUUAAAUUACAUUAAAGUGUCCACGCMUUCAUCACGUGAUCCACGUUAG